UAGGUGCCAGAGGUGACAGCCAUGAGUGUGUUGCUAAGACCACAGGAAGAAAGAGACAGAGGAAGAAAAGCAGCGGGUCAAAGACCACCGCUCUAAUGUCCAGAGGGGGAUCUUCUUACAUCACUGAGGGCUGAGUAAAGGAGCCCACCAUGCAUGGGAGGUCAACUGUGUGACAGUCGGGGGUGGCACCUUUUUAGGCAGCAGACUUCUCAUCGGGUCAUGACAAAUCACACAGCUCCCGUUUCACCUGUCUCUCACCACCGUCACAUCACAAGGAACAGUUGUGAUUGCAAGAUGAAUUUCUCUGAAGUCUUCAAGCAAACCAACCAACUUUGUAAAGUUUCCCCAGAUGGAAAGUAUUUGGCUACCUGUGUGCAGUACAGGCUGGUGGUGCGAGAUGUGAGCACCUUGCAGAUCUUGCAGCUGUACACAUGCCUGGACCAAGUAUCUCACAUGGAGUGGUCUUCUGACUCUCUGUUUAUUCUCUGUGCUAUGUACAACAGAGGACUGGUGCAGGUGUGGUCUCUCGAACAGCCAGACUGGCACUGUAAGAUUGAUGAGGGCUCAAUAGGACUAGUCUCCUCACGCUGGAGUCCAGACGGACGUCACAUUCUCAACACCACUGAGUUCCAUCUGAGAGUCACCGUGUGGUCCUUGUGCACCAAAGCUGUGUCUUACAUCAAGUAUCCCAAAGCGUGUCAAAAGGGUAUAGAUUUCAGCAGAGAUGGCCGCUAUAUGGCCUUGGCUGAACGCCGCGACUGCAAAGACUAUGUUUGUGUAUUUGUGUGUGACGACUGGCAUCUACUCAGGCAUUUUGAGACCGAGACACAGGACCUGGCAGGACUGGAGUGGUCUCCCAACGGCUGUGUGCUGGCAGUGUGGGACAGCUGUCUAGAGUACAAGGUGCUGCUGUAUUCUCUGGAUGGCCGGUUGCUGUCAACCUACAGUGCCUAUGAGUGGUCGCUGGGUGUCAAGUCUGUGUCCUGGAGCCCGAGCAGCCAGUUCCUGGCCAUUGGCAGCUAUGAUGAAAAAGUUCGCAUCCUCAAUCACAUCACAUGGAAGAAAAUCACACAGUUCGAGCACCCUGCGAUUAUCGACAACACAAAAGCUACUGUGUAUAAGGAAGCGGAGAAAAGGCCAGGUGUUGGCAGUGAUGAAAUGCCACUACACAACAUCACAAUGGGUGCAACUCUCUUCAACACCCAGAGCAAAUAUGAGAUCUGCCCACUGCCAGUCCAAAUCCCUGUGGUCAAACCAGACCCAGACCGAGCCAGCCCCAAGAUUGGCAUCUCUGUUCUGGCAUUCAGCUCAGACAGUCGCUAUCUAGCCACCAAAAAUGACAACAUGGCCACUGCUGUCUGGGUGUGGGACAUGCAGAAGAUGAGCCUGGAGGCUGUGCUGGAGCAGACUUCAGCCGUACGUUGCUUCCAGUGGGACCCUCUACGCCCCCGACUGGCCCUGUGUGCAGGCAACACCAAACUCUAUCUGUGGUCCCCGGGAGGCUGUGUUUCUGUUCAAGUCCCCACUGAAGGUGGUUUUCAGGUCCAGUCCCUGAACUGGCACUGCAGUGGAGACUCUCUGAUCCUGCUUGGAAAGGAGCAGCUGUGUUUGUGCUACAUGGACACUGACCAGGAAGACAAGUAAAACACACAAAAACAUCUCAAGACUAUCUGGAUUACAGUUUGGGCUGAUUUAGCCGGACAGCGCUUGUGGUAAGGUGAAGAACAACGGACCAAUCAGAACACUCCUGAAGAUGUAAGCUUUUGUAUGCUGGACUGUAGCUGCUGACCAAGAUUUAAAGGUACUCGGUGUAGGUUGCUGGAAUGUUCCUUUUUCUUGUCAGGUUUAAAACAUUCACAACAGACACAACAUUCCUCCUGAAUGACUCCUUUUGACAGAUGUCACUUUCUGAAUAAAUAAAAUUGUACUGAAGCACUAGUUGCAAACACUGUGAGAAUAUAAAAGUUUACAAGUCUUUACAGAUUUCACUGUAGUCUUGGUGAAACUGUUUUGUAUGUAUAUUACCAUAAGAUUGUAAUUAUUUUGAAUAAAUUUUGUCAUCAAUAAUGCUUCUUCAAGUGAGUUACUAAAAUGCAUGCAGUUAUCUAAACCUCUUGUGAUUCAGUUUUUACAGAGAAGUGAAGCUGAGUUGCAGUUAAGCAAUCUUCACAAACCUGCCUGUCCGUGGUGUUGGACGAGCUUGAUGAACAAAGACACGAGACGGGUUUUUCAAUGGGAAAUCUUUAAAGCAGUUCGUCAUGACACAAGUUGCAUCUUCUUUCAUCUGCAAAUGCUGCAUCAUUACCUCUACAAUAUUGUACCUGGCAGAGAGAGGCCACCUUCUCAUCAGCGUGGGACAUGGGAUGCUCUGUGAAGGUGGAGUAGGGCAUGUCUGUGGACCAGGGGUUCCAGCGGUUCAAGAACGAGGCACGGGGACGUUUGUCCCACUGGACACGAAUCCCAUAACCCUCUCUUCUGUAAGACAACACAGAAGUCUAAGAAUAAGCUGCAUACAUGGGCCAGCAGUACACAAAAGCACUCAGCACCAAGGCAUGUGGAGAGAAAAAGAGUGAAAGUAGCAGUUCCUCCUGAAGGUCAGAGAUUGCAGCAUCUGAGGGCCUCUUCAAAAGAAGACGUAGUUGAUGAAGGCGUUCUGGAGCAGGACCAGAAAGACCAUGACCAAGCAGCGUUGAGAUCUUAGACAGCGUCUCCCUCAGGUCCCUCUCUAUCUCCCCACACAUCCACCAACCACUGGAACACAUCUCCAAAGUUCUGCCGGGCCAGCUCAGCUUCCCCUCAGAAGAAGUGCCACCACCUGCCAGAUGAAGGAGCCUUUUGAGAGGCAGCUGGCAUCGUGAUUGGACUGUACUUUGGUCUGUUCCAAUCCAGCUUCAGCUCCAGAGACGGCAGGCGGGACGAGUCAACGGAGGCCUGGUGGACGAAGGCAUGCAGCUGAGUACAAUCCAGAAAACAACAGAAGAGGAGUGCAGGGCCAGAACAAGCAGAGUAGCAUCGUAUGUCUCUUAGAAAACAUCAUAGUAUAGUCUUUGCUAUGAAAAAACGCCAUCAUAUACAUCAGAGAUUGUACAAAUAACAAGUCAAAGGAAAGAGACAUACAUUGUAGAAUUGUAGUAAUUGUGGGCUGACUGAUUUACUGAUUAUCAGUAUUUUAUUUUUUACUGAUUUACGGUAAUAAAUACAUUUAAAAAUGGC